AUGACCACAGAGGUUGUCUAUGAGUAUCUGCACAUGUUCACGACCACAGAGGUCGUCUCUGAGUCUCUGUCUGUGCCCAAGACCACAGAGGUCGUUACCAAGACUCUGGUCAUGUUCACGACUACUAAGGUCAACAUAAUCCUCUACAGUCCUCGCGAUAAUAACUCCAAAGGUGAUGAGUCCGAUAUCGCUGAUAAUGGUGUUUUCUUCUUAUUCAUCCAAGUCCACACUACACUCUUUGCCUCUCCUCCCUUUAGAGGGAGGAGCAAGCAUGGUAUUCAUGGUGAUGCUGUCAUGGAGAUGGACUGGAGUGUAGGUCAGAUCAAAUUGAAGGAAAACACUAAGGUGUUCCUGACCUCAGAUCAGUGGCCCCACCUGGAAAAGAUUCCCAUCCAUGGAGAGGUGCACAGGGGUUGUAGUGGCAUAUACAAAGCUGGUAAGUCAAACAAUAGUGGGAUUCAGGUACCGGAGAUUCUUCACUGGCCAGGUGGCGUACAUGUAGGGAAGGUCAUUGAUGAGCCCUCUAGCAACAUGGAUCUUUUCCCCACAGUGCUGAAAUUAGUUGUUACUUCUGAACCCAGUGACAGGUGA